CCCGCCUGGGCGCUCGAUUUCCCAGAGCCAAAGGCGACGCCGCCCAAGAUCUCGCAGGAGGAGCUCGCCGAGCUCGUGCGAACCAAGACCGCCGGCGUCGACUACCUCGUCGUCGAUGUCCGGCGCUCUGACGUCGAGGCCCUCAUCAAAGGCGCGAUCAACGUCCCCGCCCAAACAUUCUACCAGACCCUCCCGACGCUCCUCCACCUCCUCGCCCCGAUCCCCGCCGUCAUCUUCCACUGCCAGAGCUCGCUCGGCCGCGGCCCGCGCUGCGCAGGCUGGUACGCCGACGCGCUCCCGCCCGGCGCCGCGUCGCGCGCGCUCGUGCUCGAUGGCGGCAUCAAGGCGUGGCUCGCGCGCUGGGCGGGCGACGCCGACAUGACGGUC